UCUAAACAUGUGACUAUAAUUAAUUUGCAAUCUGAUGAGAACUCACUUUAAAAUUUCUAUUUUGCAAUUUGCCUGCAUGGCUUAUAGAGGAUUGUGGAGGUAGAAAGCUGCAGCAUCUAAAAAAGGGUGGGUGACAAAGAAGAUGGCUGAUCAGGACAAGACUCUUGACAUCCUCCAUCCCUCAACAUCUCUGGAGUGGGAGGAAUGGCCCUCUCUACCAGUGGCGAUGAUAGAUGCCCGCUCAGUGUAUCUGAAUGGAACACUCUAUGUUGGAGGAGGGUACACUAAACCUAGUUGGAGAGCUGGAGCUACACUGUACUCAUUCAAACCUGGAGUUGACACAACAUGGACAGUGACAGACACACCCACCUAUCGCUAUACCCUCGCUGUCCAUGACUCUGAACUGCUACUGGUGGGUGGGCGUGAGUAUCCUACACAUAAGAUACAUGUAACAAAUAAAGUCUUCACGAUGAGGGAUGGACAGUUUGUUGAAGCACUGCCUCCUAUGAAGGAGACACGACGUUCACCAUCUGCUGUCAGUAGUGGAUCUGCAAUAGUUGUGGCUGGAGGGUGGAAUACCUCAGGAAAUCUCUCCUCUGUGGAAGUGUUCAAAGAUGGCCAGUGGACGACUGCUCCCUCCCUACCAAAUGCAAAUGCAGGAGAAGACAUCAAGUCUGUUCUCCAUGGUGACCAGUGGUACCUGAUCACCUCUGUGGGAAAAGUAUUCCGUACAUCACUACAAUCACUCAUAUCUGGAUCCGACAAGUCACCAUGGGAGACGCUACCUGAUGCUCCUAUUGACUAUUCACCUGCUGCCUUCUUUGGUGGCCGUCUCUUGUCCAUUGGAGGAGGAGGUUUUUCUAACCUCACAACAGCCAUCUCUGCCUUCUCCUCCAGCACCCAGUCCUGGGUACAUGUUGCUGACCUGCCACUACCACUGAAAUAUUCAUCUGCUGUUGUGCUACCAACUGGAGAGCUAAUGGUUAUCGGAGGGAGAGAUAAACGUGAAAAUCACAGCAAUAAGGUGUUCAGAGCUUUUUUAAAAGUACCAUUAGUUGACAGUGAUGUACAAUUCAGCAUGCCCAAGCUGCAUCAACUGCACACGUAUGGUAUCAAUCUCAUGGAAGUUCUCUCUAAAGAUCGGUAUCGAUUCCACAUGACCUCGGGAGUACAGCUUUUAGUGAAAGACAGAAAGAAAGCUCCCACACUCUCUCCUAGUGAUUACGUUGAGCUGAUCUUCAAUGCUUGGAAGAAAAGCAAGCGACCAACUUACCCCCCUACCUGGGAGGGCCUGUUCACUGUCCUGAGGAAGAUGGACCUGGGUCAACUCACUGAGCAGAUAGCCAAGUGUGGGUCACUGCCAGAGAUAGAGGACUCACCUCAGCCCUCUGAAUCAGAAGUUCAGCCAAGCAAAGAACAAGUUCUAAACAAAGAACAAGAGGUCCAGCUAAGCCCUGGAGACAAGGAACAAGCUACAGCUGGUGGAGAAAGUUCUGUGACUGAAUUGAGAUCUGAAGUGAAACGACGGCUACUAGACUAUGAGAGUCUACAGGAGGAGCUGGAUCAGUUGACUGAUGAGUAUGACGAUCAAGUGGACAUAAAUCACCAGCAAGAAAAAGAAAUUGAACACCUGCGAAACGAGAAUCAUUAUCUCCGAGCCGAGAGCAAAGAACUGGUUCCAGUGAAGCAGGAACUCAAGAUUGAACCAGGUUAUCAAGAUGUCAUAUCACAUCCUCAUCUACCAACUGAAGUCUUGAGUCAACCACAGGAAUCCAUACACAGUUUUGACCUCCCUGGUGUUGAAGUUGUGGGCAGUACUUGUGUGAUCGUCACCAACUCACCCCAAACCUUCCACUGGGUUGGUUAUGGGUUCAAGCUCACCAUACCCCAGGGCUCCCUACCAGCUGGUGUUGACCAGUGUCGACUAGAAAUCAAGGCCAGUGUAGCUGGACAGUACCAGUUUCCUGACAAUCUCCAGUUGGUCAGUGGUGUCUUCUGGAUACAUCCUCUUCCCUUGUGUCGAUUCCAACAGCAGCUGACAGUCGAGAUUCAGCACUGUGCCAAGAUGACCAGCUCAACCAAGCUCUCAUUUGUGAGAGCACAUUGCUCCCAGGAGAGUCUGCCCUACACAUUCAAGCAGCUUGAAGGGCGUGGCUCAUUCACCGAGCACAGCUCGUACGGUUGUUUGAGUGUGAAUCAUUUCAGUUCAUAUGCAAUAGCUGCGGAGGGUGAUGUUGAUCUACUGUAUGUCGCCAGUCUAUACUACCUAAAGGCCGACCCUCGGACCGUGGAGAUUCAUUUCACAAUCAAUGUGGAUGAUGAAAUACAUAAUACUGCAACACAAUAUUAUUUCCAAAAGUUGGGUGCAGAAAAGAAACUGACUUUGGAAGUGGAAUUUGAAGACUCAAAUAUUUCACUGGAUAUACCAAUAACCAGCGGUGUUGAUAUCGAUGAAUGGAGACUAAAACCACUUGUUAAACCAAAGAUAUCUAAGAAAAGAGUCGACUCCUUCAAGCCGGGGAGAACCGUUCCAUCCACAAAACUUGAAGCGACUCUCUCUGAGAGUAGCUGGGGCUGCAAGGUACCAAAACGUUCACACCUAAUAACAUUGAAAGGAACUAAGGAACCUGAUAACCAAAUAUGGAUUGUACUGGACCCAGUGGAUCCAAAUCAAGUAGCCCCUCCACAAGUGCCCAACCCCAUGAGUGCAGUGGCAAUCCCAGGUCAGCUAUCUGGAGACUAUUAUCCAGCACCAGCCCCAUCGCUACAAGGGUCUUAUGACCACCAUGAUCGACUGUAUGCCCUACAGUUUCAAGGCACAAGUCGCUCCCUCUCAGGUCUUCUUCACCCUGCUAUUACUCCUCAACCAACUGUGACCAUCGACAAGCUAGUGAAUCACGUUGGUAUCGAUAAAGACCUCCUCAAUCAACCUUGCUCUACUGAACAUCUGACGAAAAUUGCUCCUUUCGUUCCAAACUGGCAGAAAUACGCAAUUGUUCUGGGACUAAACCAACCACAAAUUCUCAGUAUCAAAUCAGACCAUCUUCUUGAUCCAGAGAUGAAAGCUCAGCAAGUCCUGAGUUUAUGGAAGAAAGCGAACGGCUUCAAUGCUACUUACUCAACCCUCGUUGAUGUGUGUCUGCAGAAGAAAGAUGUACAGCUAGCAGAAAGUAUCUGUAUUAUUGUUAAAGAGCAUUCCUCUCAACCACCCCUCAUCACUGGUGAGAAGAGAGAGGCCAUUAAAUACACUGAGCAAGGUUCCAGCGCUAAAAGGCCUCGAAUAGAUGAUUCAAGUGAGGACACAUCGGAACUGGACUAAUUAGCAAUGCCUAAUUCGUAAUUAUGCAUGUUUAUUAUUUACCAGUUCUGCAUCCAUCAUAAAUCCAUUAUUUACACUAUGUAUGAUAGAUCUGUAUAAUUAUAACA